UUUUUGCAAAUACUAAAAAUAUACAAGCUGAACCCGUUUUUUAUACUAUAAUUUGCACACUGUUUUCAUAAGGUUUUUUUGGUGUGCGUAUUUCUAUAGGAGAAAUUUUCAUCUCAGAAAACGUAUGCCUUCUAGGUAUAUCAGAAUCACCUAAAACGUCGGCUGCAUAAUAAUUGCAGUACGAGGGUCUCAUGGGUUUGUUACCUUUCCAGUUAAACUUUUUCUCGGAACUUCAAUAUUUGGCUUAAUCUUAACAAAAAAAAAGAUUUAAAAUGUGUGCUGUCUUUUUUGCUACGACGAUCUGUGGCAUAGAGUUGAUUUCCAAAUUUAAGAACUAGACUCAUUUAUUCUGUUGCGCAGUUGAACAAGUUUUGAAAAUAAAUAGAUUAAGUGAACUAUACUUAAACGCUAGAGAAGGCUGAUUCAUAGUUCAGAAUUUCCAAUUUCUUGUUUCAACAUCACCUAAGACAAUAAAUGCAACUAUUAUUAUCUUCACUGAUUACUUUCGCCAAAACGGAUCCACAAACAGCCUCAGUUCAAAAUCUUUUUUCCCAAAUCGAUCCAGCCCAGUGCCCGCCUUUUUCCCUUUCCCUUUUACAUGCGAUUAUUUACUAUUUCAUUCACCGACUAGCUCAGCAUAUAGUGCGCCGCUUCGUACGACUUCGCUAUUUAGUUCCGUCACGGGUAAUGCUUGGUUGUGUUCUUUAGAUGCGGCGAAAAUUGCAACCGAUUACUCUAUCGUUGUUUCCUAUUGCAUCCGUCAGCUGGUGCGUUGGUUUGUGAUGAUUUGCCUGCAUUUGCCCAUAAUCUUAAUAGUGAGGUGGUAACUGUCGAACUUGUCAUGUACAUAUCGCGCGACUGAUGUCUGAUUAAACAUGUCACAAGUGUGUUACCCGCAAACCGCAUCUCGUAUAAUAUAAUUUGAUUCUGGUCCUGUGCGUUUCGCGCAGUCGUUCAGAUAUGGCGUCCCUUGUGGCAACUAACGAGACUCCGAAACCCGUUCAGUCGAGACCGGAGUUUUUGACUCCUCAACCUGUUCCUCGCAGAGAUGGAACCCUAACUCAGCCGGCAACCUCGUCUGGAAUAAUUCAUACAGCAAUGAAUUUUGUAGAAGUUCUUAGCGAGGCUAGCGCUUCUCGCGCCUUCAGUGAUAAAUAUCGUUUGAUUCUUGCCUCAUUGAAGUCCAUCCACACAGGAGUCAGGUCAACAAACUCGAUUCCUCCGGUACAACUUCUUAACGAAUUGGCCAAAAUGACCAGUCUAUUGGAUGGCUUCAACGAGGUGCUUGUUGUUGAACUGUUUAAAUUCAAAAUCCUAUCACUUCAAACUGACAUACUAGCAGCCUACCUUCAUCUUUUGGUUGAGUUAGCUCGGUCCAACACAUUUCACUACGACGAAAUUUGCCGGUUGCUACUCAGUACUAUGGCAUCGAUUGAGGACGAGAAGCCACCCGAAGAUCAGCUCGAUCUGGUGCAUAAGGCGCUCCAGCAGAUGAUCCAAGAGCUGCCACAUUUCAGCGACGUUUUGCUAAAGCAGAUUAGCAAAUGUCUUCCGUUUAUGACUAAACCGUGGUCUCAGCAGGUGAACAUGUACCGACAAGUGCUUCGAAUCGUCGAUUACGUUCCCACACAACUUUCGCUCGACGUUUUAUCACGACUGGUACACAAAAUCAUUGACCUCGAUUGUCACUGCCCCAAAGAGGAGAUGUUGACAAUGGAAGAAACUGUAGACGAUACGGUGGCAACCCAGUUUACAAUGGAUUCUGCUGAAAAUGACAGCACAAUCAAAGAACAAGGCCCAACAAAACACUCAUCGAAGAUUGGCAGUGACAGCCAACCAUCGGCCAUCUCCAUUUGUAAUAGGGAAAUGAAGCAUUCUCUAGGCAAUGCAUUAGAUCGACUUAUGGAGCUCUUGUUUGAAUACAUCGACAGCCACGUGACAGGUUCUCUAGACGAGGCAAAGGCCACAUAUCGGCGGUUCUUGGCCGUAUUCGACAAGUACAUUAUGGCGACGUAUAAAUGUUUGCACGUUCAAUUUCUUAUGUUUUACAUCUGCUCGAAGCGUCCGCUAUUUAUGGACCAUUUGAUUGAUUUUCUGUGGCACAAAGUGCAGGAUCCAAAUACACCAGUUGUGUUUCGACAGAUAUCCGUUGCGUAUCUCGGUUCGUUGCUUAGUCGGGCAGCGUUUGUUAGCGUUGGCACGCUAAAGGACACCCUGACGCUCUUGUCACGUUUUCUACAUAGUUAUAUUGCACAAAGCAGCUCUGCCCAGUUGCUAGGGGUAGAUGUAAAUCGUCACGCAACAUUUUACGCUGUUUGCCAAUCGCUUCUCUACUGUGUCGCAUUCCGUCAUAAGGAUAUUGCUGAAAGCACUAACGGGCUAGAGUUCUUACGGAGUCUCAACCUUGAGCAACUGAUCACGUCGCCGCUGAAUCCAUUGAAGAUCAUGUCGAAGUCGAUUGCUACAAACUUCGCCAAUGUAUCGCGCCAUUAUCAGGUCGUAUAUUGCCACGCUAUUAUUGAGCGCAACCAGCGAAGCGCUUUACCCAUGGCUCAUGUGGCCUACGGACCUCAUAAUGCCCAAACGGCAUCCGGUCAAACUUCACAAUGCAGCACCAUCAUUGAGGGUUAUUUUCCCUUCGAUCCGUACGUGCUCAUACGGUCUCGUCGAUGGAUUGAGCCCAUUUACAGGCAUUACGUUGAUUAUUUGUCAUCGGCCGGCGAUCUAGAUGAUGACGAGGAUGAAGACGUUGAGGAAAUGGACGACGAAACGAGUGGCGGUGGUGGAGAAGAUGGUUCGAGCCGAAGUCGCGUUAUGAAAAUUGACAGACAGACCUCGAUAACGUCAGCGUCGCCGCACGACGCUUCGGUAGCAAUGAGUAUCGUGAGUGCAAAUAGCUCGCUGAGCGGACAAGGCGUUGAGAAGCUUUUUGCCUACUCUGUUUCACCGGGUUUCAUUCACUGAUGAAGUGUAUGUUAUAGUUGGGUUGAAGAACUAUAGUGUAAUCUAAACACAGUAGGAUAAUAGGGUCGUUCGGUAAAUGCAAAUGAAGGUAACUUUUACUAAUUUUCGAUACGACAGAACUUGCUGCAGGCGAUCGAAUUAGUCGUUAUUGUUGGUUUUUGUUGUGUUUCUCGUUACUCCGAAAGAACAAAGAUGAGUAGGUGUUAGGCGUCGCAGACUGAUUUGUUUUAGACAAAGAACGAGCUGUAAGAGAAACAAGUAUAUGAUACGUGUAAUAUCGCUGAAAACGAAAUAAAAAUGUGUGGAAACCUA